UUCCAAGAUGGCGGCGCCCAGCGGAACGGCUGGCCGGUGGCUCCCGGCCGGGGUGGUGGCCGUCGUCCUCCUGUGCCUGGCGGUCCGGGCCGAGGAGGCCUCGAGCACGGCGGACUUCGACGUGCGGCCCGGCGGGAUGGUCCAUUCCUUCUCCCGCAGCCUGGGAGAUUACACCUGCACGUUCACAUACUCUGCUCAGGGAGGAACAAAUGAGCAAUGGCAGAUGAGCGUUGGCGUCAGUGAAGACAACCUGCUCUUCUCCUGCUCUGUCUGGAGGCCCCAAGGAAAGUCUUACCUUUUCUUCACCCAGUUUAAAGCUGAAGUGAAAGGAGCCAAGAUAGAGCAUGCCAUGGCUUAUUCUCAAGCUGCAGCGGGUGGACAAAGCGACAUUCCGUUAAAACAGGAAGAAUUUGAAAUCACUGAAACAACAGUGUCUCACAAGGAAGGCAAGUUCCGUUUUGAACUGUCCAAACUCAUGAUUGUAGCAAAAACACCCCGUGACGAGCUGUGACCCCAGGGCCAGCGCUGGGCAGGGCCUUUCAGCCAGCAGAGCAUGACAGAUGGAGGGGACUGCUGUUACUGGCGGGGUUUUCGGUUGGACAAAUCUUUCCUGUUUUCCAUAUUGAAAUGUGCUGGGGUCCAACACAAGUGGGACUUGGAGGUGUUAAGACAGAUGCAUUCUGUCUUGUGUCAGAGUAACAAUGUGCUGUGCAGCUGGAAACCUCCUUGGAGACUCUUGAUCUGCAGCCAGCCAUUCUGUCGCCCGCUUUCUGCUUCGCUGAUCUGCUGAAUAUGGUAAAGCUCCCCUCUAACAGGGGCUCCUUAUCUCCCCUGCUAGAAAGAGCAAUGCAGAAAGAUAAGCAGCUGGAUUUAAGCACGGUUUGCUAAAGGAAUGUUGUUAACUCUGUAGUCUCUGGAGGAGGGACAGGAUUUCUCUCUCUGCAAGCAUGACAGGAGACAUAAAUUAAAUUGGCUGGGAGGGG